UAAAAAUUCCAAAUGCAAAACGACACGUGUCACUACGACAGUGCUCCCAUAUUACUAUAAAAAGCCACCGGCUUCUACUAGUUUCAAAUCAUCCCAAAGCUUCUAAGAGCCCAAAGAUGUCUUCCAAAUACUUGCUAGUGUUUCUUCUUGGAGUGGUGGCUUUCACCGCCACAACUCCUUCUCUUGCUGAUAACCAUGACCCAAAGCCACAAAUCUACAAGCCUCCAACACAACUUAACAAGGAAGAGCCAUUGCCAUUUCCAGAACAUAAGCCCCCAACCCAACAACCCAAGGGCAAAGGAGGAGAGAAGCCUCCACCAGUUGACAAGCCACCCCACAAUGAACACCAUUUGUUAGAGGUGGAGGGCCAAUUUCCCAAGGGAGAAAAGCCACCAACCCCACUUGAUGAGCACAAGCCAUUCCCAGAGCCCAAGCCAGAACCAAAGCCAGUUGAUCAGCCUCCAAAGGGCAAGGGAGACAAGCCACCUCAUCACGAUCGCCAUCUUGAACAGAAUGUGGUGCCAGAGCCCAAGCCAGUGCCCAAGCCAGAGCCCAAGCCAGAACCAAAGCCAGUUGAUCAGCCUCCUAAGGGCAAGGGAGACAAGCCACCUCAUCAAGAUCGCCAUCUUGAACAGAAUGUGGUGCCAGAGCCUAAGCCAGUGCCCAAGCCCGAGCCCAAGCCAGAACCAAAGCCAGUUGAUCAACCUCCUAAGGGCAAGGGAGACAAGCCACCUCAUCACGAUCGCCAUCUUGAACAGAAUGUGGUGCCAGAGCCUAAGCCAGUGCCCAAGCCAGAGCCCAAGCCAGAACCAAAGCCAGUUGAUCAGCCUCCCAAGCUAGAACCAAAGCCAGUUGAUCAGCCUCCUAAGGGCAAGGGAGACAAGCCACCUCAUCACGAUCGCCAUCUUGAACAGAAUGUGGUGCCAGAGCCUAAGCCAGUGCCCAAGCCAGAGCCCAAGCCAGAACCAAAGCCAGUUGAUCAGCCUCCUAAGGGUAAGGGAGACGAGCCACCUCAUCACGAUCGCCAUCUUGAACAGAAUGUGGUGCUAGAGCCUAAGCCAGAGCCCAAGCCAGAACCCAAGCCAGAGCCCAAGCCAGAGCCUAGGCCAGAACCCAAGCCAGAACCCAGGCCAGAACCCAAGCCAGUUGAUCAGCCUCCUAAGGGCAAGGGAGACAAGCCACCUCAUCACGAUCGCCAUCUUGAACAGAAUGUGGUGGCAUCAAAGCCACCGAGGAAACUAAAGCCCUCAACUGGCCCUGUCAAGCCACCACACAAACUUCCAUUUCCCAACUGAAACUGAUCAUCCAUGCAUGAAUGACUAGCUUGCUAAGUUCAUGUCAUUAAUAAGAGAUGUGUUAUGUGUGUUUGAUUUCUUCUAAUGUCACUGUGAUGUACGGAUCGGUUACGACUAUAGUAGUAGUACUGUGCUCUUCUCAUGUAAAGCAUCCGGUGUCAUUUGUGUUGUUAUUAUAUAUAAACUACGUUUUUCUUCCCCUUUUAA